UUCCCUUUUAAUUGCUGCCAGAUCGUUGUCAUUUACUCCAUGUGGAUAACAGCGAUCAUGAAAUUUCGCUGACACGUGCCACUUGUAUGGCUGAUUAUACUUGAAAAAUGACUGGACAAUUGUUUUCAGAACAUCACUAAAGUUCCGGUCCACAGUCUUUUAAAACUUCAUUUGCAUCAGAAGUGUGCAGCGAGUGGCAAAAUAGGAUGACAGAUGUUUCAGCUUAGUUUGUGGUGUGAAGAAGUUUCAAUUCACGAAGCUUUGUCUUCGCGUCUGCCAAAUUUUUCACGUCGAGAGGAAACAUAGGGGAGAAAUCAAUUUAAUUUUUCAUCCCAGUGGCAAAUUUCGUGAAGGGAGACUGAUACAGAAGAGCCCAGAGAACCCACGCUAGCGCCACAAUGUACCGGAACAGAUUCUGGUAAUACACACUUACCGUGUGAACAACUUGUCGGGAUUCAAGUGACAUUAUGAAACGUUUAUUCCGCGCGCUCACAGAUACCAGUUGUCAAAAGCGCCGGAAAAGAAAGCAAAGAAAAACAAAGCACUCUAACCAUUUGAAUGAAACAAUGGGAGCAUGUCUGGACUUGCAGAGCUCUGCCCCUCUAAAAAUUCUGCUGGUUCCAUGCGAAUCUCAACCGUCUUCUGCAACAAGGUACUGGAUUGUGGAUACAAGAAAACAGGGCAAAAUUCCCUUCUUUGGGUCUAACAGGUGCAAAAUUGUGCAACAUAUGGGCAACAGAGUUACGGAGCCCUUUCAUGGACAUGUCACGACGAGAGAAGGACGAACUAUCAUUAAAGGAAUUUUAACAGACGGAGCCGUUGAAGGGAAAUAUUUUGAACUCGUGUUGCAAGCUUCUCCGCAACAACUAAACCAACCCUACCGGAAAAAUUCUGCAAGAAAAGCUUCAUUGUGCGGAUUUCUUCAGCGCAGUACAAAAGAUGAAUUUGGUUCAUUCGAGGAGACACAUGACGCAUUUUUACAUACAGAGGGGGAAACCAGCGAAGUUUUUGACACACAAGAAGAAAUUCUGACAUUUGCAGAGGAAAAAGUUUCCUAAUUUCCUUAAAAGUUGUACCAGGCGUCAUUCUGCUAAAGAGGUCUGGUUUGGUUAAACUAUACACUUUCUUGGAGUUCAAUAUAUCCGCGGAGAUAUUGUUUCUUGAUUUUAUGCCGGCAAGAUUGUUAAGAAUAUGGAUGUCACAGCAUAGAAUUCUUAAACUUUUUGUUUACAAAAUAGACUGACAUAGACCCUAGAUGGUGAAGAAAUGUUGCGUUAACCUUAGAUAUUAAAUAUGAUUUGAAUUGAGGAAUUUGUUGAUGGUUAAAAAUGGCAUUUAGCCGACUGUAGCACGAAUUAAAC